UUCUUCCACCUCACCAACGAAGGGAAAACACAGGAGGAUAACUUCGUGGGUGCCUCAUCGUCUAAGCGUGGCACCACGACGGCAGUCAGUCAAACGCCACUCGAGCGAACUGUCUAGAGACGACUCUAGUCCACCUCGAGAAAAGCAGAUUCCGGAAGCAGAGGUAGACCGCGUGUUGAAGGAAGGCCUGCGCUUCUCCCUCUUCUUCCCUCCAAGCAGGGCCAUGAAGUUUGGUAGAAAGCACAACAAGAAUAAGAGCGCGGAUGCAGCGACCAAAGCACCCCCCUUUGCGGCAUCGCCACCUCAAUCUGCAAGCCCGCUCAUGCGCCUCCCUGGCGGCCUCGCAGUGGUUUGGCAUUCGCCCUCAUUAGCCCCGAAAUCAGAAGCAGCAAGCGUUCAAGAGCUAUCACCGACUUCGGAUCAGGCACCGAGCGGUUCACAGCAGCCCAGUGACCACUCGAUACCCGCUUCCAACCCUUCAGACAACCGCUCUUCUUUCAACAGCCGCCACUCGCUCUCGCCGGUGGCUCCUGCGGUAGCCGUCCACAACAAGUUCCGCGCAUCGGUGUCCUCAUCGUUCUCGCACCGCUCAAGCACAUCAAGCCACCCGCUUGCUCAAGAGGUAUCCCGGAGCACACGCACACCCCCGCCCCUGCCGCCAGCUCCACCUAUUCCGCCCUCGUUAGCUUACUCGCCGCCUCUUUCGCCGGAUGCGUGGAAGCGGCUGAAGAGUCACAAUCAGGAGGAAGUGCACCACAGGCCGAGCUUCAUCGAGAAGGCGAAGGAGGCGCGCAGAAGACACAAUAGGGAGGCGAGGCAGGAGAGGCUGAAGAGGAGUAUAAGGGUGCUUGGGCCCACUGAUCCGGGUGUUGUGGCUGGAUACGUGAGGAAAAACGGGACGGCGUCGGAGGAUAGCGAUGUCCGGGGCAGGCUUGUAGCAUAUGUUGCCCUUCUGUAACCGUAAUAGAUAGACUGCACCCCUAUGUUACUCAGCCUGCCUUGGGCUCGAG